AUGAAAGUCUCACUGGCUUUUCCUAUAUCCACAUUUGUAUUUUUGGCAUUCUGGAUCCUUUUUCUCUACAAUCGAAAUCUUGUUUACCCCAAGGCCCUCGAUACUGUUUUCCCAAUGUGGCUGAAUCAUGCAAUGCACACUCUCAUAUUGCCCAUCACAUUGACUGAAGUCAUCCUCAGGCAGCACUCCUAUCCGUCAAAGAAGACAGGACUCACCUUGCUGGCUGCUGGCAGCUUUGCUUACGUCAGCAGGAUCCUAUGGAUCUACUUUGAGACGGGUACCUGGGUGUAUCCUCUGCUUGCCAAACUCAGCCCCGUGGGGCUAGCAGCUGUCUUCUCUCUCAGCUACAUCUUCAUCGCCAGCAUCUACCUACUCGGAGAGAAGCUCAACCACUGGAAAUGGGGUGACAUGAUGCAGCCACGGAAGAAGAGGAAGUGAUUGCACACCAUUUUCCAAGAACCAAGAAGGAAGAAAACACAAGAGAUUUUUCUCAUCUUUUUUUUUUUUUUUUUUUUUUUCUUCUGGUGGGGAGAGGUGGUGGAGAAACAUAGGAAGGUAGGAGUGACAGGGAGUGAUAAUUAAAUUUCAUACGAGGGUCGUGAAGGUAGCUUAACUUGAGAACUCUUGGUUUUAUGAAAAGUUGACUACACAUGCCAAAAACAACUCCUGUUGUCUCAG